AGAUUUAAAUAGCCCAGGCCUGAGGCAGCCAGGCCGCAGCUGUGAGCUCUGGCUUCCCUGUGGCUCUGUUGGCGCUGGCCUGGCAUUGGUGGGCUAGAUUGGCUGCCCAGCUGGCACUGGCAUCCCCCCGGAGCCUGGUGGCAGCGGAGGUAAACAGCAUGUGCAAUCCUCCACUUUAUAUUUAACAGCUGCCGUGGAGAAGGCAGGGAGGCAGGCAGCAGUGGCGGCUCUCAGGGCAGAUCUUGUCUUCGGGGACAAGGCCCUCGGAGCUGACUGGCACCAGCCUUCUCAGGGUGAGUGAGGUCACCAUGCCAGCUUCCCAGAGCCGGGCCCGUGCCCGGGACCGAAACAACGUCCUCAACCGGGCCGAGUUCCUAUCCCUGAACCAGCCCCCCAAGGGGGCCCCAGAGGCCCGCAGCAGCUCCGUCAGGAAGGCCUCAGGCCCCUCAGCACAGCCCCCACCGGCUGGCGAUGGGGCCCGUGAGCGACGCCAGUCGCAGCAGCUGCCGGAGGAGGACUGCAUGCAGCUGAACCCCUCAUUCAAGGGCAUCGCCUUCAACUCCCUGCUGGCCAUUGACAUCUGCAUGUCUAAGCGGCUGGGAGUAUGUGCUGGCCGGGCUGCAUCCUGGGCCGGUGCCCGCUCCAUGGUCAAGCUUAUUGGCAUCACGGGCCAUGGCAUCCCCUGGAUUGGGGGCACCAUCCUCUGCCUGGUGAAGAGUAGCACCUUGGCCGGCCAGGAGGUGCUUAUGAACCUGCUCCUGGCCCUGCUCCUGGACAUCAUGACUGUGGCCAGCGUGCAGAAGCUCAUCAAGCGGCGCGGUCCGUAUGAGACGAGCCCUGGCCUCCUGGACUACCUCACCAUGGACAUCUACGCCUUCCCUGCCGGGCAUGCCAGCCGCGCAGCCAUGGUGUCCAAGUUCUUCCUCAGCCACCUGGUGCUGGCGGUGCCCCUGCGCGUCCUGCUGGUGCUCUGGGCCUUCUGUGUGGGCCUGUCCCGGGUGAUGAUCGGCCGCCACCACGUCACGGAUGUCAUCUCAGGCUUCGUCAUUGGCUACUUCCAGUUCCGCCUGGUGGAGCUGGUCUGGAUGUCCUCCAACACCUGCCAGAUGCUCAUCUCCGCCUGGUGACCCGCCAGCCUCGGCUGCUCCAGGGCAGGGUGGCUGUGGGGGAGAGCUGGCCCCGCUCCCUGGAGUUGGAUCUAGCCGCCCCAUCUUCUCCAUCGUGGUUGGAGGCUGGCCACUCAAGGCCAGGUCAUUCGAGGCCGGCCCACCCCAGGUACUGGCAUGUUCUAAAGUGCCAGCGCUCUUGGUCUAAGUCUCCUCUCUAGGCAGGCGGGGACCCACCCUGGGGACAGCCUGAUUUAGUUUCUGCUCUGGAGAUAAGUGGCUAGAACCAAGAUGCUGUGAAGGGCCAGCCUCACCUUGUCCUUUCUUUGUCAUGACUGUUGAGUUCUUGGCCACGCCCAUCACUCCACAGCACAAUGCCUACCAAAAUACCCCCACCUACCCUGAUGCGGGUGCCAGUGCCAUUAGCUUAGGGCAGCACUUUCCAAAGGGUGCCCUGUGGGACAGCAGCCUGCAAGAUGCUUCGGUGGGGAGAUAGGGGAAGGGUUUCGUGGUCCGAUAAGUUUAGGAAGUGCUGCAUACUCUGCCCCCAUGUUGGACAUUCACAAGGGCCAUUAUCGUCGUUGUAAAGGCUCUGAUAAAAAGCUUCUCGCUGAACCUUCUUUAACCCAUGUUUCCUAAAUAUAUUUGACCACAGAACCCUUUUCUUAAGGAUAUUAACCCCCAAGGAACCACCAGUUCCUCAAGUGCAUUUGGGAGCUGCUGCCCAGGAGCUGAAGGCCCUGGGGUGUGAGCUGGCCUCUCCCAACACCUAGCCCCAGAGCCUGGAGAGACCAGGUGCACGUGCCACAGCCCGUGGGCAUCGGCGCGGCUUUGGCCCCCAGGGGCCGGACUCUGUGUGACCUAAUAGGUCAUUUCCAAGUCAGCUGUUUAUGGAUAUGCAUUUCAUGGGACAAUACAGAUGACAUGCC